GUCAGAUCUGCCACUUUCCCUGCCGAACGGCGGUGAGAAGUGUGGGAACCCGCGCCGCCAGGCUCACCUGCCUCCCCGCCCUCCGCUCCCAGGGAUCUGAGAAUUGCUCACACACACCAAUCCAGCAGCGUCCGCGGAGCAAAGUCUCACUGGCAACUCCUUUAAAACACCGUCAUUUCAAACCGUUGUGGUCUUUAAGCAACAACAACAGGAGGAAAAAAAAAAAAAAAAUCCCAACCAAACUCUUGACAGGAGCUUUGACAACGAGAGAGGAUGCCACAUAAAGGGGGAAGACUUUAGGGGUGUGCAGAUGUUUGAGAUCCUUUCUUGUAAGAGUGGACAGACAUCCCAGAAUUCAGAGCCCUGUAUUCGAGCCCUGUGGGAUCUCACGGCCCCCAACCAGCGCCAGCAUGCAAAACAGUCACAGCGGAGUGAAUCAACUUGGUGGUGUCUUUGUCAACGGGCGGCCACUGCCGGACUCCACCCGGCAGAAGAUCGUAGAGCUAGCUCACAGCGGGGCCCGGCCGUGCGACAUUUCCCGAAUUCUGCAGACCCAUGCAGAUGCAAAAGUCCAAGUGCUGGACAAUCAAAACGUGUCCAAUGGAUGUGUGAGUAAAAUUCUGGGCAGGUAUUACGAGACUGGCUCCAUCAGACCCAGGGCAAUCGGUGGUAGUAAACCAAGAGUAGCGACUCCAGAAGUUGUAAGCAAAAUAGCCCAGUAUAAACGGGAGUGCCCGUCCAUCUUUGCUUGGGAAAUCCGAGACAGAUUACUGUCCGAGGGGGUCUGUACCAACGAUAACAUACCAAGUGUGUCAUCAAUAAACAGAGUUCUUCGCAACCUGGCUAGCGAAAAGCAACAGAUGGGAGCAGACGGCAUGUAUGAUAAACUAAGGAUGUUGAAUGGGCAGACAGGAAGCUGGGGCACCCGGCCCGGGUGGUAUCCGGGCACUUCGGUGCCAGGGCAACCCACACAAGAUGGCUGCCAGCAACAGGAAGGAGGAGGAGAGAAUACCAACUCCAUCAGUUCCAAUGGAGAAGAUUCAGAUGAGGCCCAAAUGCGACUCCAGCUGAAGCGGAAGCUGCAAAGAAAUAGAACAUCCUUUACCCAAGAGCAAAUUGAGGCCCUGGAGAAAGAGUUUGAGAGAACUCACUAUCCAGAUGUGUUUGCCCGAGAAAGACUAGCGGCUAAAAUAGAUCUACCUGAAGCAAGAAUACAGGUAUGGUUUUCUAACCGAAGGGCCAAAUGGAGAAGAGAAGAAAAGCUGAGGAACCAGAGAAGACAGGCCAGCAACACACCUAGUCAUAUUCCUAUCAGCAGUAGUUUCAGUACCAGUGUCUACCAGCCAAUCCCACAACCCACCACCCCUGUUUCCUCCUUCACAUCUGGCUCUAUGUUGGGUCGGACAGACACAGCCCUCACAAACACAUACAGUGCGCUGCCGCCCAUGCCCAGCUUCACCAUGGCGAAUAACCUGCCUAUGCAACCCCCAGUCCCCAGUCAGACCUCCUCAUACUCCUGCAUGCUGCCCACCAGUCCAUCGGUGAAUGGAAGGAGUUAUGACACCUACACCCCCCCGCAUAUGCAGACACACAUGAACAGUCAGCCAAUGGGCACCUCCGGCACUACUUCAACAGGCCUCAUUUCCCCUGGUGUGUCAGUUCCAGUUCAAGUUCCUGGAAGUGAACCUGAUAUGUCUCAAUAUUGGCCACGAUUACAGUAAAAAAAUAAAAAAAGGAAAGAAAGAAAAGAAACAUUGCAUUAAAUCAGUCAGUGACUAUGUGGACACAACAGUUGGGCGUUCAGGAAGGAAAGAAAAAUGGGCUGUUAGAAGCACUUCAGUUCUGCAACUGUGUCCUGUAUUGUACCGCUGGGGAAUGGACUUGAAACAAGGACCUUUGUACACAGAAGGCGUGUUAUCAGUUGGAACAAAUCUUCAUUUUGGUAUCCAAACUUUUAUUCAUUUUGGUGUAUUAUUUGUAAAUGGGCAUUUGUAUGUUAUAAUGAAAAAAGAAAAAAAAGAACAACAUAGACUGGAUGGAUGUUAGAUCUGGGUUGGUCAUGAAGUUGUUUUAAACAGAAAAAAAAUAUGAAACCAUGAUCAACAAGUUCUGUCACGAAUUUGAGAGUUUUAUCAAGAUAUAUCGAAUACUUCUACCCAUCUGUUCAUAGUUUAUGGACUGAGGUUCUAAGUUUGUAUCAAUCCUUUGCAUAUAAUUAAACCUGGAACAACAUGCACUAGAUUUAUGUAAGAAAUAUCUGUUGGUUUUCCAAAGGUUGUUAACAGAUGAAGUUUAUGUGCAAAAAGGGUAAGAUAUAAAUUCAAGGAAGAAAAAAGUUGAUAGCUACAAGGUAGAUUGUGUCUUCGAUAUAAUCCAAUUUGUUUCAUGUCAAAAUGUAAGUAUUUGUCUUCCCUAGAAACCCUCAGAAUGAUUUCUAUAAUAAAGUUAAUUUCAUUUAUAUUUG